AUGGAUGGCGACAUGGGAUUGGCUAACUCUUUAGCUCUAAAAUUAGCUGGAGUUACAAGUAACAUGCAAGAUCCAGUUGGUGGAACUAUUAGCAGAAAUGCAAAUGGAGAACCUUCAGGCCUUAUGAUUGAUUCUGCAAUGAAAGUUGUUCUUUCAUGCAUUCCGGAAGUUUCUGUUGAAGAAAGAAGACAAGCAUUGGAUAGAGCUAGUAGGUAUGCAUUGAUGAGGGGUGUCACAACGGUUGUUGAUUUUGGAAGAUAUUUUCCUGGAGCAUCACUAGAACAUUCAUGGGAGGAUUUUGAAGAUGUUUACAAAUGGGCUGAUUUAUCAGAAAGAAUGAUGAUUAGGGUUUGCCUUUUCUUUCCAAUGCCAACAUGGUCACCUUUGCUUGAUAUAAUACAAAAAACAGGACGUAGGCUGAGCCAGUGGAUAUUCUUAAGUGGUGUUAAAGCCUUUUCAGAUGGAUCCUUAGGAUCUAACAGUGCACUUUUUCACAAGCCAUAUGUUGAUGAGCCUUGGAAUAUUGGCCUCCAAGUUACAGAUAUGGAAAACUUAUCUAAUAUGACUGUUCAAUCCGACAAAUAUGGCCUCCAGCCCUCUGAUAUUGAAGCUCGCAUCAGAACAAUGAUAAUGUCAUACAUUAAGACUCCCAGCUGUUUAAUUCUUGCUGUGACACCAGCAAAUUCAGACCUUGCCAACUCAGACGCCCUUCAGAUUGCUGGAAAUGCUGAUCCAGAUGGUUACCGAACAAUCGGUGUGAUAACAAAGUUGGACAUCAUGGAUAGAGGUACAGAUGCCCGUAACUUUUUGCUUGGAAAAGUUAUUCCCCUAAGACUUGGUUAUGUGGGUUUUGUAAAUCGUAGUCAAGAGGAUAUUAUGCUUAAUCGGACAAUUAAAGAUGCACUUGUGGCUGAGGAGAAGUUCUUUUGCAGUCGUCCGGUUUAUAAUGAGCUUGCUGAUCGUUGUGGUGUGCCUCAACUAGCAAAGAAGUUGAACCAGAUUUUGGUGCAACAUAUCAAAACAGUGCUACCAGGGUUGAAGUCUCGCAUUAGUGCUACAUUAGUUUCAGGAAUGGCUGUUUUGAAUCAAAAGAAUCCUUCCAAGUCUGUGUGGAAGGAGUCAUCUAUUUGUACAAAGACAUGGAAUAAUUAUGUGCUUCAGUUUAUGAAGGUUUCUGAUAUGCUUGAAGCAGAUGCAGGGUUUCUUGUAAGAGACACAGUUGUUUUUGUUUGUGAAAUCUUGGAUUGUUGCCCAUGGUUCGAGUUUGCUGUUGAGGUCAGGGCUUGCAGAUCCUCUUUUAGGCUCACCUGGAGUUCCAGGAGCUUCAGAGAGAAGCUUUUUACCUCAAUCAACUAUUUACAACUGGAGCUGCAAUCAUUUCUCAAAGCCUCUUCUUACAGCAACUGGAGCUACAAUGGUGAAGUUUAUUUUGAUUUAUGUAUUUUUCUUUUUGUUUUUCAUUUUCAGCUGGUAGCAAUCUUCAUAAUCCAAUUGCUCGAUGGAAGCAGUCAACCAGCAUGGAGGAGCAAAUAG